AUGCUUCAGAAAAUUCGAAUAUAACUUAUAAUGAAGAGUUGAAUAAUGAAGAUAGGGGCUUAUGUGUUGAAAGCGAAGAAGCUGAAAAAAGCGAGUCUGAAUUAGAAAUUAUGGAACGAUACAAGAAAAAUUCUUAA